AUGGGUUAUUUCCUCUGGAACUUCCUCUAUUUGUUGCCCCCUCCCUCUAUCUUCUGUUCUAAAUUUUUAAACUUUUCAUACGAAGUGAGAAAGCGAUUGACCAAUCCAUUUGAAGAAUCAGGUGAUGUUUUCGGAACUGAGGCUUUUGCAAUUUCCAAGAUGUACCUGCAUACUCAUGGAAACAUUCUGGAUGGACGACCCUUUGCGCCUAAAACAUUUCAUGUCUCUACACCAAGGAAGGGCUACUUCAAAAAUUGCAAAGUUUACCAGUUUUCGGCACAGAAUGCUUGCAAGCUCAUAGCUCCUCACUUGAGAAUACCAAAUGUAAUGCCACAACAGAAUACUUUUAAGAGGUGUCGGUGCAUGAGUGCUCUGGUGAAUGCUGAUUCUCCAAUUACUUCUGACUGGAUUCCUGUAGUGGACCAAGUCUUUCGGUUAGUGAGCAUAGCCCUGACAUACAUGGCUGGUGUAAUACCUGCUGAGAAUUUCCCUUAUAGCACUCAAACAAGAAUCUCAGAAGAUAACGAGGUCCCUGAAAACUCUUCCUUUUCUGUGCCAUGGUGA